AGUAACGGAGCACCGCGAGGAGGACCAUCCCGGGACAGAGCGGAAUCUAUACACGGAUAUUUAUAGGACUGGACGAUACGGAUUAUUACCGGUAUUGUUGCCGCACUUCACUGGAAGGAUAUACCGAUAAUCCCGGGAGCGCGUGUGUGUGUGUGCGUCCUCGCGCCGCUGGGAGCUGCGUGCAAGUGUAGCGGAGCACCGAGAGAUUUAUGGUCGUCCGGGUCGUCCGUAGCGAGCGCUGCGUGUCCGUGAGAGCGUGUGCUAGUGUGCGUGAGCCACCAUGCUGGCGUGUCUGCAGCGGAGCCUCGACGCCCCCCGCGGCACCAAGAACCCGGAGACGCCACUGUCCAGCGCUCACAAACGGGGACCAAGCAUGGCCGUCCAGUCUCCACGCUACCCGAGCACAGCAGAACUGGACGCUUAUGCCCAGAAGACGGCCAACAAUCCACUGUCCAUCAAAAUCUUUCCCACUAACAUCAGGGUCCCUCAGCACAAGCAUCUCAACCGGACAGUGAAUGGGUUGGACACAACGGGGCAGCGGUACAACCCGUAUCUUCAGCCGGGCGCCUAUAAGGGUCUCCUGGCUGUUGUCAAGGUCUCAUCCAAGCCAUCAUCAUCUUCUUCAUCUUCAUCAUCAUUCGUUGCUUCCUCGAAGGCUGUGGUGAAGAAUGCCGAGGGAAGACGGACUAAGCUCUCUCCGGCACAUUUGGCUGUGGCUCCCUACAAGGUAGGCUUCAACACGGUGGCCCCGAAGCCACCCGAAGCCACAGGACUCACGGUGCCCCCGAAUGUGACGGUUCCUGGCUCGUUGAUCCCUCUACCGGGCACCAGAGGGCUGAACCUGGCGGCUCAGUCCAACCUGCCGUCAAUCCAAAGCAUCAUCUACCAGAUCAACCAGCACUGUCAGGCUCAGGCUCUUCAGCAGGUCUCGACACAUCCAAGCCCCUGCAAGCAGGGUACCAAUGCACUCGCCAUUUCCUCCGGCUCAGGGGGGAAUUAUGCAAAUCUGGUUCCACAAGGGAACCUGGGAUAUCCAGGGACGGUACUGCCGGGGCAGAACGGCGAUGCCGCAAAGGUGGCUGCGUAUUCGGAGAGUCUGGAUUACAUCCUGUGGCAGAAGCAGCAUCAACAGCACCAAGCCGUGUUGAGGAUGUACAGCGGCGGGAGUGCUGGAAGUAGCGUCGUUAGCAAAUCCCCGGAAUCAUGUGUCCCGAGCAUCCUUGUAGGCGGCUCGCAGGGAUCUUCCUUCUCCAGGACGUACGCAGUAAUGCCCAGCAUAAGUGGAGGACCCGGGCUGGACAAACUGAGCUCGUCUCCUUUGAACUGUGCAGCGAUGCCGGGGAGUUUGGCUCUGGGGCAGUAUUUCGCACCUCCUUGGAACAGCGUCCUGGUCACCCCUGAAAGUGACUGCUACAACCCUCAGGAGUUGCCUCCCGGGGCAACAAGCAUCGGGCACAAGGAGCUGGGCUUCCUGCCUCAUUAUCCUCACCUUCACAAUCACCACCAUCAUCUCCAUCAGCAUGCGGUCAUGGACAGCUCGGGGGGCGUGUGCUGCAGCCUGCCCAGCAAGGGCUUGUGUAACGCCUCGGUCCUCAGCAGCAGCCUGCAGUCUCUGGAGUACCUGAUCAACGACAUCCACCCUCCCUGCAUCAAGAAGCAGAUGUUGGGGAAGGGCUACGAAACCGUCUCAGUACCGCGACUCCUCGAUCAUCAGCACGCGCACAUUCGACUUCCUGUUUACAGAUAGAGGCUCCUGCUGACGGGGGAGAAUCUUCUCAAUCAGACGGUUUGGGGUUCCGUAGUGAACUGUGGUGGUUUUGCUUUGCAGGAAGAUCUGUGUGGUAACCUGGAUCACAAGAAGUAUCAGGGAAAAUUCCAAGGGAACAGCCUGCUGGAACCUGAAGUUUGGGAUGUCUUGCUUUUUCUUGCCAGCAGGGAUUUUUGUUUGACUUUUGGUACUCGUUUCAUUUCUUCCGUUUUACAGAGGUUUGGACUGACCUGCAGAAAUAAAAAGAAGGUUGUUUUUAUGUUCCUACAGUACACAAAACAUCAAGUGACCCUUGAGGUUACACGGUCGACUCUAACGAAGAUGAAGACGAGGCUACCGACUCGACGCUGAGUGUCAUUUAAGAAUCACUUACGAUUUCUUUUAAAGAUAAUUUAAUUUGAAGUAUAAUGAUGGUUAUAAUUUUGAAGUUGCACUGCGUUCGGGAUCUUGUGAAGGGAUCAGAAGUGUGUAGUUUAAAUUUAACGUAUUUAUAAAUCUUGAAAAACUUGAAUUUAUUUUUGUUUUGUUUAAUAUUUGUAGUAUAUAAUAAUGAUAAGCAUUUGGCUGCUAAGAGAAAUUCACGUAAAUGCUUAGUUUUAUAUAUAUAUAUAUUUUCUUUCUUUUAUUUGGUCAUUAUUUUUGAUUGAGCUUGAAAUCCUGUAACUCUGAAGGUCUGAUCACUGCUCUGGGUUCUUGAGCGACCGCUACUAACACUGGAAUCCACUUAGAGGUUUGAAACGUUUCCAGAAACCCUGUUUCCUAAUUGAGUCUAAGACUUUUAAACCUUUGGCGUGACGUUAGAGACGUUUGUUCCCGGAUCCUCAGGCAUGGGGGUAGGUGUAGUAGAGGUAGUAGAGCGUCCGAAACUACCAAGAGGGAGUAAACCACCAAGAAUUAUCAUUGUUUACAAUAAAAAAGAAUCCAGAAUUUCAUCUGUUGAUGCAUAUUGUUUAGAAAGAGAGUCACGCUAUACUCUACAUGCAUCCUCCACCACUGUGCUGGUGCCACCACAUUUUGUGGUGACAUUUAAGAGAAUCCCUUUACAACAUUUUUGGGCUCGGACCUGGCCAACUGUGCCUGAAGGGUGCCUGGUCAGGUCGGUCAAGAGCUCAAGCUACCCAAACCAAAUCCCACUGUAGUACUCCAGUCUGUUCACUUCGUCAGAUGUAGCCUAGUGGUUAAGGUACUGGAAUAGUAAUCAAAAGGAUGCUGGAUCCAAGACCCACCACUGCCAGGUUGUCACUGUUGGGCCCUUGAGUAAGGCCCUUAACCCUCAAUUGCUUAGAUAAUAUACCAUCACGGUACUGUAAGUCCACUGUUGUCCAAUGAUGUCAUUUAACUGGUUCCUUAUGAUUAUGCUUGACUAGACUGGGUGACUUCUCUGUGCCCAUAUGCACAGGGCUAGUGUGACUCUUGACGUUUGUUGCAAAGUGUGUGGAUCAGUGGUCUUUUGCCAAGGUUUGAGAAAAAAUGGAACCAUCUGUCAGAUAUGAUCCAAGAAGAGCUAGAAAAGUGACACUGUCCACAGCCGAACAAGCUUGGAGUGCUACUCUAAAAGAAAGAGACUCUCGUCCUGCUUCUUUUAAUCUGUCGAUAUGAUCAGCCACAAACCUCAGCCGUGUGAAGCUUGCUUGACUGUAGGCAGUGACGCUUGUGUGGCUAGCGGUAGCAACGUGUCCCGAGUAUUUUGACCCUCGAUUUUCGAGGAGACGAGACAGAACCGGAUUCCAGGUCGGUAACGGUUCGAGAAAAGUCGGUGUGGAUUCGUUCCAGAGUCGCAGGCUUGUGCUCCUGCUAACGCUAGUGCUAAUUAGCGAUGUGAAGGCAAAUUGCUCGGCCGUGUGAUCUUAUUUAAAACAGAUGUUCAGGCUCUUCCUGUCCGGAAAUCUUAAACAAUCACGUCCGAUCCAGCUGUGACGUCCCUGUCGGUGUGCUGCACUCAUCCAGCUGUGGGGGCGCGGGGGGGUGGGGGGGGGUGAACACAGAGUGAAUUGGUUUAGCGUUCCCGGCGCUGAAUUAGCGUUUCCUUUGUUCGUCUGGUUUCAUCGGGAGAUUGAAUGGCUAAAUUGUGAGAGGUUAGUCUGGGUUCGUGCCAGAGGCAGAAAGACGACUGGAUUUAUGAAGUGCAAUUAUUUACAUUUAAUUAUGUACGAAGGUUUUUUACUUUCCUCGUCUGAGCUCACACCAAAAAACCUGAAAAAAAUAAUAAAGAAAAACGUUUUUGAUUUGUUUUGUUUCUUUGUAAUUGUGGAACAUUCCUGCUGUUCUGUAUCAACAAUUCUCUUUAUUUUGAGUUUUUCUUUUUUCUUUUUGAUGUCUUGAGGUGCAAAGAAUAAAU